AGUGAUGUCGUGAUGUUGACGCUCUUCACCAUUUGUCCUACAUCACCUUUUUCCUCUCACGUAUCGAUAUGGCUGUUUCAACAUGUCAGAAGAUCACCUUCGUCUCUUGCAUCGUCCUCUGCAUGUCUUUAUUCCUACCCAAAUUAUUUUUGCCCAGAGUGAAGAAAGAAACAGUGCAGUCGAAUGUUGGGCCAGGGCAUUUUCCUCCCUCACGACACAGACAUUCAUUCCCUGAAGAUCAUGAUCACUGGGACACUGACUCUCAUUACAUCAAGCAUUACAAUCCUGAGGCAAUUGCCAGAGUCAAGGGUGUUCGCAAGCCGAAUCUGCUGGGCCAGGUCAUCCCUGUCUACGGCUUUGGAAUUUUCCUUUAUAUCCUCUACCUGUUCUUCAAGCUGACCUGUAAGGACAAACCUCAUCAACAAGAGUGCAGAUUCCCUAUGCUGCAGUCAGAAUGCACGUUUGAAGAGAUGCCUACUUGUCAGCUGGUGCAGCUGCAGGCCAGAAUGAGUGAAAAAGUCAGAGAAAAGAGAAUAUCUAAAGUUGUCCACCCAUCUGCCAGGUCACGCCGGGGCACACGGAGGCGUGAGGAGAGAAAGCUCAAACAGUUGAAGGAGAUCACUCAAAUGAUGAAGGAGAGACAGUUGCGAGAGGGAGCCACGCCGGAGGAGGAGGCUGAGGAGGCGCCCUAUACUGCAGACUGGGAAGGAUAUCCAGAUGAGACCUACCCAGAGUUUGACAUGACCUCCCGCAGGCGCAGAUUUCCUAGUGUUAUACUAGAAGAACCAGACCAAACCAUACCCACAGCUGAGGAGCUUGCUGAGAGAAUGGAGAAAGAAGAGGAGGAUGAGCUUGUUGAUGAUGCACGUGGAAACGAGGAGGUGAACAUGGAGAGUAAUGAAGGAGAAAAAGAAGAGGAAGACGAAGAGGAUGAUGAUGAGGAGGAAGAUGAUGAGGAGGAGGAAGAUGAGGAAGAAGUUAGAGAAGACCAGCCCUGCCUUCCUAAAGAAAUCGAUGAGGAUGAUGACAGAUUAGAGUGCCCAAGUGAAGGAGAAGAGAAACAGAAACCAAGCAGAAGGCGACAAAUCACUUUCAGUGAUCACAGACACGUUUUCCAUUAUCCAAAGGGUGGCGCUGUUGGCUGCAAAUAUGAGAAAGAGGAGGAAGAAGAACAUGAAAGAGAAGAAGAGGAGGAGGAGAAUGAAGAGGAAGAAACUAUUGAGGAAGACAGUGAAGAGGAAGAAACUGGUGAGGAAGACUGUGAAGAGGAAGAAAAUGGUGAUGAAGAGGAGGGAGAUCAACGUAAUGAAGAAAGGCAGGGUGAGACGGAAGAGAAGGAGGAAGACCCACUGAUGGAAGCCGAGAGCCUGGGAUUUAAUGAUGAUGUGGAAUGUGAUCCCGAGGAACAGGAGGUAGACCUCCUUGACUUCCUACAAUCAUACCAACCUGAGGUAACCGUCAUCUCCAAUAGGUCAGAGUCUCCCGAAGAUCAAGCCUCUGGGACUCUUAGAAUGCGUCACAAGAGACAAAAGGUGAAGAAGUGACCCGUCGGUCAAAAUAAAACAAAGGUUUUCUGUUUAAUUACCCUCUAGACC